UUCUAUUACUCAUUAUAAAAAGUAGCAAACUACAAAAUUUCUCAAAAUUAUUGAAGUGUAUUAACCAUCAUGUGGCGUCUGAGUCCUAAAUAUUUUUCCCCAAGGCCCCUCUCCGCACCUGCGGUAACGCAAGCCUUGCAGGGUUUGUAUGGGUGGAAGUUAUGCGGCUCGACGCCAUACACCAUGGAAUGUGAUUACACGUUCAAAACUUUUCCACAGGCAUUGGAUUUUAUGCAACGUAUGGGCCCGAUCUGUGAGCGCAUGCAACACCACCCUUCCUGGACAAAUGUACACAAGAAAAUUCACGUGGAAUUGACCACGCACGACGCGGGGAAUGAGAUAACACAGAAAGAUGUGGAUCUAGCAAGAGAAAUGAAUAAGGUAUACUCUACUAUGGAUUCUUGAAAUUGAGAAAAAAUGGCAUCGGAUCCUUUUACCCGAUAUGAAAUGGUCUAUUCCAAGAACGAAGCUUUCCUGUCUUUUAAAAACACAUAUGCUAUAUUAAGCCCUUUUCUUAGUGGCUGAUUAUUUUUCACAGUAUUUUUUUUUGUCAUUUUCAUUGAAAACCGGAUACUGGUAAAUUACCCUGAUACUU